UCCAAUGCACUUCUCAGAGGGAAGGCAACCCUGGGAGAGAAGAACUUGUUAAACAAGAGGAAACAAUUUUGGAAGCUAUUUAAGUGUGCAGGAAAAAUGAAGCUGACUCUGGUGCAAAUCUUUUUUAUGAUGUUGCUGCUGUUGCUGGGCCUUGGGAUGGGCCUGGGUUUGGGCCUUCGGAUGGCUGCAGCGGUCCUGGAGGAUAGUGAUCAAUCCCUGAAUGAAUUUUGGUCCAGUGACUCACAGGACAAGGCUGGAGCCACUAAGGAGGGAGAGGGCACCCGAACAACAGAAACCCUGCUGCUUAGCAACAAAGGAGUGGUACAACCUGGCUGGCCUGAAGAGACCAUCGUCAAUAAAGAUGAAGUUGGAGAAAACAAGAUGCUGAGAGCUGAGGCUCUUUCUCAGAGUAACAAAGACUAUCCCAGGCUUGACCUGAUGGCCCGGGAAUGCAAUUCCAUGAUGGCACACAAGAUGAAGGAGCACAACCACACAUGCAUCACCCAGUACACAUUCAUCCACGAGGAGCUAGAUACAGUCAAAGCUGUCUGUAAGAGUCCUGUCAUUGCCUGUGAGCUCCAGGGAGGCAAAUGUCACAAAAGCUCUCGUCCUUUUGAUUUGACAUUUUGCAGGUUAUCCAAACCAGGCCAAGUCAAUCCUCACUGCAAUUACCUAACUUUCAUUUUUAAAAAGUUCAUUAUUAUAUCCUGUAAUGACAUGAAGGUCCAGGUAAUGCCUAGAUAAUGAAGCAACUUACUUUCUUCUUUUUCUUCACCUUCUCCUCUUCCUCUUUCCACUUCCUCUUUUCCUGCUGUUUUCCUCUUCUUAGGUAUUCUGCAAUAAAGGUUCUGGGAAGAAAGACUGGCCUAUUUUUUUAUUAUCCCCUCAUGAAAACACAAUUCUUCUUUGCCCCAGGGUUCACAUUGCUUGUAUUGUGUUCCUGGGAUUAGCCGUGGUAGAGUAGGUUAAUGAUAUCUAGAUAGGUUCUUCCUCUCAUCCUAUCUCCUGCCCUGGAAAGAGAUUGGUGAAGAAAUAAAUGUAUUCCUGUGGUCCUGGUCAUUAGUCUGUUCCUGGUCUGUUUGCCUUUGGUUGUGGACUACAAGAGUUUA